AUGGCCUUCCUUGCCCGAUGCUGUGGCUUCGGCCGCAAACGAGGGGAAGAUACUGACCCCCUGCUGCCUCGCUAUGAAGACGACACGGCUCGCCAGCGAGCUCUUCACCAGAAGCUGCACACCUAUCAGAUGCUGAGAGCCCUCUCCAAAGGUUACAUGCCCUCCACCGAGCAGACCAUCGUCAACCUGCGCACCCUCCUUGCUGCAGACAUCCUCAACCCAAACAACAAGGAAUUGAGCGAGUCAGGCCGAGCACUCAUCCGGAAUUGUCGAACUUGGAUCAAGCUGUUCAUUGAAAUUCUGAAGAACAAGAAUGAUCAGGACCAGAUUCAGGACUUCAUCUGGUACACAACAAAAUCUCGAAUCUCGUUGGACGUUGAUGACAUUUCUCAUUCAGCCUCCAAAGUCAAAGCCAGGGCAGAUGCUCGUGCUGCUUACGAAAGCUUCCGCACGGUUGGCAGUUUGCUUCUGACGAAUGCCGAUUUCAGACUGUUUGUCAAUGAUGUUGCCACAAUUGGAAGGGAGGUCCUGGCAGAUACUGCGUUUUCCCUGUCUUCCGCAGCCGAGAAGGCCGGCAAACAACUCGAGCUCUCAGAAGAGGAACAACAGACCGUAGCGAAACCUGGAGCCGAUGAAGACGCCUUGCCGUCCAAGCAGGAAUUGGAAGAGAAUGCAGAAGAGACAUCAAAGGUGAUCGGCUCGGAGCUAGCAAAAGUUGGAAAGGACGCGGUCGAAAGUGCCAAGGAGAAUUUUGCCGGUUCUCAAAAAGACACCCUGCUUUACCGUCUAAAGCAGGCAAUUCUUCGACUGAGAAGCCGGACCGACUACCAUGACUCGGUGUCGACCAUCUCAAAAUUGAUUCAGCGCUAUGCUGUGGCGUACUCUCGGAUAGCAGAUACCGCCGUCGCUGCGGCACAAGAGGACAUCCACACCAAUCCAGCGUUGGACCGUGCCGUGCACAAUUUCUGGAGCUUUGUUAGCAGCUUCGGCGACCCCAACGCAUGGAAGCAGUUGGAGCAGGACUUCAACAAGGUCAUGAGCCACGCAAAGGCAGACCCUCAAUUCGAGAACUUCAUGGUCGAAGUGGGCAACGCGGUGCAACGAAUGCUCACUGAUCCGGAAUUCUUCGACAAUGUGGACCAGAAGCUCGACGAGCUCAAAGAGAAGUCUGCUAAGUUGGGCAACGAAGGCGAAUUCAGGACGGAUUUCGACAAAAUGCUGAGACAAGCACAGGUCACCAUAACCUCUGUGAUGGAAGACAAGGAUGUCAACGGGCUGUUGCUGGCGACAAAGCGAAUUUAUACCAUUCUGACGCCUCCGAACAUGGUCACUAAUCCUGACCUCAUCACCGACGCUAUUCAUAUUUUCCUGCCUCUGCUCAUCCGGAGCAUUCAAUAUAUCCCAAUCCCUCGAGUGGAGGUCAGCGUUCCGGAAAUGGAUCUUCUUCUCGAAAAUCUUGUUCUUGAGCCCGGCCGAAACGUCAACUCGACCUCUUUUCUUCCCUACCGUCUCCUCGUUUCAACCAAGAAUGACCUCGAAAUCCGCAAGACGCACUCCAAAAAGACGAUUUCCAGCACCAAGUCCGUCGUCACCAUCUCCAUCAAUGGGCUCAGCGUCGCAGCUCAAGACCUCGGCUUUUGGAUCCGGGGCCAUGCCGGUCUCGUUCAUUUUGCCGAUGAAGGCAUUGCUAGCUUCUUCCUUGAUGAACGCGGCAUCGACGUCUCUCUUGACAUGGAGAUCGGUCGCGAGAAGCUUGAACAAAUUCUCACUCUGCGGGGCGUGAGAGUUCACAUUCACAAGCUUGAUUAUAACCUCCGCCAGUCCAAAUUAUCCUGGCUAGGCUGGCUGUUCAAACCCUUGCUAAAACACCUGGUCAGACGCUCGCUGGAAAAGGCACUUGCCGAGAACAUAGUCAAGGCCUUGCGAGCCGCAAACCGUGAGCUUGUUUUUGCCCGAGAGCGACUUCGUGCCACUCGCAUUGCAGAUCCACAAGACGUCGUUACGUUCUUGAAGGCCGUGAUGGCGAGGUUGACGCCAGAAGAGGACCCAGAUCUGUAUACGAGAAUCGGCGUGGACGCUCCGAAGCAGGGUGUUUUCAGAGGAGUGUAUACACCGGGAAGUAUUGUCAAAUUGUGGCACGAGGAGGCCUUAAGGGCAGAAGAGGCUGUACAGGAUGGGGAAGAGAGAGGUGGUGGCUGGAGGAACGACAUCUUCGAUACACCUGUUAUGUGA